AUGGAUUUUGGAAUUCCUUACACAAAACUAGCACCGCCUGUGUUUGACGGUUAUUAUCAUCACAUAUGGGUAGCAAGAAUGGAGGCUCACCUAGAAGCAAAUGACCUUUGGGAAGCCCUUGAGGAAGACUAUGAAGUUCUUCCUUUACCGAACAAUCCAACUAUGGCUCAAAUAAAAAAUCACAAGGAGAAGAAAGCAAGAAAGUCAAAGGCGAGAGCUACUCUGUUUGUUGUUGUCUCACAAGACAUUUUCACCAGAAUCAUGACGAUCAAAUCGACAUUUGAGAUCUGGAAUUUCCUCAAGGAUGAAUAUGAAGAAGAUGAAAUAAUCAAGGGAAUGCAAGCAAUGAAUCUGGUUAGAGAAUUUGAGAUGAAGAAAAAGAAAGAGUCUGAAACAAUUAAGGAGUAUGCAAACAGACUUCUUAACAUUGCUAACAAGGUGAGGUUGUUAGGUUCUAAUUUUUCUGAUUCAAGAAUAGUUCAAAAAAUACUAGUGACUGCUCUUGAAAAAUUUGAAGCUUCUAUUACUUCAUUGGAAAAUACUAAGGAUAUUUCAAAGAUCACAUUGGCUGAACUUGUAAGUGCUAUGCAGUCCCAAGAGCAGCGAAGGUUGAUGAGAUAA